AGAACUGGCGAGUGCACUGCAAUGGACAAAAUCUAAGGCGCACGAGCGUCUGUAAACUGUUGAUUGACUCAUAAGAAUGAGUGAUUGAUUGUUCGGUUGUGUGAAUGUGUGUGUGGCCAAUGCUGGGAAACCUCUGCCGUAGAGUGCAUUGUUAUCUCAAUCACAUCGCGGAAACAGGAAAGAUAGAAUCUGAGACAGAUUGGAAUCGAUUCCUACGUUGCUUUUUUUGUCGAAUUUACAGUAGCUUUUCUUGCACACCCCAGCAGAAAAAAGCAUCCACAAUACAAAAGAUGACAAUCUUAAUUGACAAGGAUAUAUGUAAACCUUGAAGAGGAGGAAGGAAUAAAAACUCUUAGAACCCCAAAACCUAUCAACAGUAUUGCAUGGGAAGUUCAAACUCCGGAGAUGGACAGAACGUAAGACAUCAUGAGCAGUACCAACAAUGCCUACUCUCCUCCUCUUCCUCUUCCUCAUCCUCGUCUAACCUACCAUGAGCCGCUUGACUUCUUCUUCGGGAUUUUUGAGGACGAUGAUGGUGAAUGGGCUUUUGGGAACCCUGUUGCUCCCCUGUACGAUAAUUUUCAAGACACUCGGGUUACCAGAACGGGUGCGUCGGAUUCAAGGCGACCAUUUGAGGGAACGCUAGCACUUGCAAGACCUCCUGGCUUAGCAGGUUCAGCAGCAGCACCAGGUUCCCGAAUUCAUAUUCUGGUCCUUGACGAUGAAAUGGCAAGACAGGCAAACCCUAGACAGAUGAUCGGCAGACAAUGGAAUACGGCCUCCCCUAGACUUGAAGCAGACUCCAGAUUGACCCGUGACGAGCAAAAGAUGGCAUUGCAGAAGCUGAAGAAAGAGAUAUACAAUCCUUUUCGAAGAAUAUCGCAGAGGGUGAACUUGUAUUACAGAGACACAGUUGUGAAUGAGGAGGAAAUGGAGAAUGAUGAAAAUAGCAAGAGGUGUGCCAUUUGCUUGGAAGACUUUGAGCCCAAACAAGAGGUUAUGCUCACUCCUUGUAAGCAUAUGUUUCAUGAAGAAUGCAUUGUGCCUUGGGUGAAAAGCAAUGGUCAUUGCCCAGUCUGUAGGUUUUCUAUAUCUCAGUAAAAAGGUCGUACCCAGUGCACAAGGCUCCCGCUUUACGCAGGGUCUGGGAGAGGUGAAUGUCGGCUAGCCUUACCCCCAUUUAUGGAGAGGCUGCUCCCAAGAUCUAUAUAUACAUAUAUACACACUUUUCUUUGUACCAAGAUUUGAGGCGGGUUUCGAACUUGGUACCUCUUGCAAUAUCAAUAAGGAGAAUGAAAGAGCAAACACAUAGCUCUUAUCUCUUGAAUCA